AUGAAUUCUCAGCCGUAUAGCCGAUGCACGGCGCUGCGCGGCUGCUCUGCCAUGCAACUCUUAGCUUCCUUGGGACGCACAGCUGGCACCACACGAACGCCGUCCGUGCGCAUGAUCGACCCGCACCGAUCUUUCCAGGGUGGCAUUGACCACAGCCGCGGCCAUGGAAGGAAGGCUACGAAUCGACUGCGGCAAAAACCCGGCGACAUUCUCAGUCGAGACGAGAGGGUGUUCACCGCGUUGUCUGGUCUUGUUUUUGUGUCCCGUGCGCCCCCGCAUGGCGGAUCUAUGCUGAAUCGCUAG